AUGGUGCUGAUGGUCUGUCAGGACUUGAUGGGCACCCAAAACGAGAUUGCCACAGGGCACUGCGAGGGCGCCGCUCAGCUUCUCAAGGCUCGGCAGAAUCAUUGGCCGGCCGGUAUCAUUGGGCACAAGCUCUCCCUGUCGGUGUGCACUGCAGUUUUGAUUGAAAGUUUCUACAAUCCGAGGAUCAAAUUCAGCGAAGCAGAGCUGAGAAGCUUCUCAUCACUACUACGGACAGGCACGGGUGCGGCAGGAACGGUGUUGAGCUCGAUCUGCGACUCAUAUAUGCACAUGAGCAUUUGGGAGAGCCGCUGCGAUGAUAUUUCGGGCGUCUUCGCACUGCCAAUAAAAGUGCGGCUAACAUGUCAGAGCGUCGCAACGGCGAGACGAGAACUUAAAGACAUCAUGAAGCUCGUCGACACUGCCCUGGCUGGCCACCACCCACAGAAGGCUAUUCUGACACUCGCUACGAGACAGCUGGAGCGCUUCGACAUCAUCACCAUUGGUAUAUGUCUGCUAAACAAUCUGGUGGCAUGCGCUAUCGACAUUGAAAGCCGGGGUGCUCUUCUGGCGGACAACAUUCGCCUGAUCAGAGAGGUCCUCGAUGCGGCUGACGUCGAUUCGGUCGAAGGACCAUUUGGAGUCACACAGAUGCCACUCACUCUGUGUGCCGCCUGGAUUGCGUCGCCCGACCCCGAGCUUCAAGCGGAAAUAGAAAGAGCAUUGGCAAAAUACCGCUUCUCUGUUUCAUCUAUGCCAGGUAUCGAGGGCUACGUUUCCAAACUUCAGCGCAUGAAGCAUGACUUCUAUACAAGACUAGGUAUGGACCCGGCGGACAUGACCAGCCCAACAACGUAUCGCGCUAUGGACUUGGCGCACCGGGACCCGCAUCCAGUACUGCCGCAAUCAGCAGCUGGCCAAGCUGUAUCGCUGGGUAGAGGCAUAACGUACGUCAAGCAAGACGAGCGCAGGGUAGCCGUCAGUCUGCGUCUCAAUUCUUGA